CUUCCGGUUUGUAGGUCAUGUGACCAAAUUGAAGCGGCGUGACAUGAGAUGUAAAUAAAACGUAUUUAUGUGUCUGCCACAUCAUGUAUCUAUCAAGCUGCUGAGCUAAUACCUUUUCUCCUGACCAUGGAUCCUGGGCAGCAGCUGCCUCCAUCUGAUGCCACCUCCCAGGUCAUUCCAGAAUACUUUCCAUGGGAUCUUCGAUUUCAACUUAUUGGACUCGGUUUUUCCUUUUAUGCAUCAGUCUUCCUCCUCACUCACCUCCUAUCGUCAUCACUGUCCCAUACGUACAGCUCCUUGCAAGCUAAAGAAAAAGUUUUCUGGAACCUUGCAGCUACCCGUGCAGUGUUUGGCAUCCAGAGUUCAGUAGCUGGUCUCAGAGCACUUACCCAGGACUGUGGGUUGAGCCGAGACAUAGUGAGGGGGCAGGAGGAGUGGUCGUGGUUCAAUAUCCUCACAGCCACAGGGUUCUUUGCCUUUGAGAAUGCAGCAUUUCACACCUACAGUUUGGUUUUUCGGUCACUUGACCUCACCCUGGCAACGCACCAUUUGUUUGCCCUGGCUGGAUAUGGAGGGGCUUCGAUGUCAGAUUCCAUGGGCCACUUUGUGCCAAUGGCAGUGCUACUGCUGGAGAUGAGCACACCAUUCACCUGCAUAUCAUGGAUGCUUCUGAAGGCCGGAUUGGCCAGCAGUCUGUUUUGGAAAGCCAACCAAUGGGUGAUGAUCCACAUGUUCCAUUGUCGCAUGGUCCUCACCUACUACCUUUGGUGGUUAAGCUUUAACCACUGGAGAGAGAUCAACAACCACUUCCCCCUGGCCUUACGCCUCAUCUUCUUCAUCGGCCUGGUUCUGCUCACCAUCAUCAUGAAUCCAUUUUGGACCUACAAGAAGACCAUGCAGCUGUUCAACCCUGUCGACUGGAACUUUGGCAAUAAGCCGGUACCUGGAAACAACCCCAAAGGGGAAGAGGCUGAUGUUGCUGUCAAACCCCAUGCAAGCUGAGGAGAAACAGGGAAGUUGGUUACUGCAUUUUAUAACAGGCUCCUUUAUAUUUUAAGAUGAUUUAUGCAUUUUUGAAAAGACUACCCAAAUCUAUCUACCUUUAUUUGAUGGUAAAGGACACUCAACAUGGACUUUAAAAUACAGUGGGAGGAAAAAGUAUGUAAACCCUAUGGAAUUUAUUAAAAAUUCUGCAUAGAUUGCUCAUAAAAUGUGGUCUCAUCAUCUAAAUCACAAGAAUAAACAAACAGUCUGCUUAGACUAAUACCACAAUUAUGUUUUCAUGUUUUUAUUGAAAAUAACAUAAGCAUUCACAGAGCAGGAAAGAAAAUGUAAGUGAACCCAGUUAAUAAAUCCAAUCCCUCCUUUGGCAGCAAUAAACUCAACCAAAUGUUUCCUGUAGUUGCAGAUCAAUGAUCGGGAUGAAUUGUUUUACAAAUUUGUUGCAGUUCAGCAGGAUUCCUGUGUCGUCUGGUGUGAAUAGCUCUCUUGAGGAAUAUUGCUGAACUGCAAUAGUUCUAUAAAGAGGAAUGAUCCAGAAUGAACAUAAUGGUUGUGUACGUCUGAUCUGUAACUACAGGAAAUGUUUGGUUGAGGUUAUUGCUGCCAAAGGAAGGUUAACCAUUUAAUAAAUCCAAGGGGUUCACCUAAUUUCUCCUCCCUGUCCUGUGAAUGUUUGUUAUUUUCAAUAAAACUAUGAAAACAUAUACAGUGGACCCCCGCUAUUCGCAGGGGAUAGGGACCGGGCCGGCCUGCGAAUAGCGCAAAUCCACGGCUAAUUGACGGCCAUUAUAAUUGCAUUGCAUUGUUUUUUUUGUUUUUUUUUUAACCCCAAAUAAUUAUUGAAUAAGCGGGUAUAAACUGCUAGUAAAUCUGCGGUGAGUCCGCAGGUGUCCACUGUAAUUGUUUGUGCAGUAUUAGUUUAAGAAGAUUCUGUUUGUCUUUCUUGUUAUUUAGGUGAAAAUCAGACCACAUUUUCUGAGCAAAUUAUGCAGAAAAUUCCUCUUUCUAAGUGUUCAUGUGCUUUUUCCUCCCACUGUAAUUCAUGUUGUUGCACACAUUUGUUAGUUGACAGAAAAUGUUGAUCUAAAAUACAAGUGUGAGGAUCUAGUUGACAAGAAAAUAUGAAAGAGUCUUUUAAUUUUUUAAGUGCACAGAGAACCUGUUAACUGCUACAGUGGACCUCCGCUAAUCAAAGCCUGCGGCGGCCGCCACCGUAGACCGCUAUAAGUCGCCACUCUGCGGACCUCAUCAAUAAAAACUAGUGAGCCCAUUCCAGAAGCAGCCAAGCAAGCCCAAGCCAUGACAUUACCUCCACCAAGGUUCACAGAUGUGCUUGUGUGUUUUGGAUCAUAAGCAGAUCCUUUCUUUCUCCAUACUUUGGCCUUUCCAUCACUUUGGUAGAGGUUAAUCUUGGUCUCAUCAGUCCAUAAAACUUUGUUCCAAACCAUUUGUGGCUCAUGUCUGUACUUCUUUGCAAAAUCCAAUCUAACCUUCUGAUUCUUUUUGCUGACGAGUGGUCUGCAUCUUGUGGUAUGGCCUGUAUAUUUACUCUCUUCCUCGAACAGAUAACUUCACCCCUGCCCUGUGGAGAUUGGCAGUGUUGUCACUGAUUGUUGUCUUUGAGUGUUUGUUCACAGCUCUCACAAUGUUUCUGUCAUCAAUUGCUGAUACCCUUGGCCGAUCUGUUCCAUGUCUGUUGCUCAGUACACCAGUAGUUUCUUUCUUUUUCAGGACAUUCCAAAUUCUUGUUUUGGCUAUGCCGAGUGUUUGUCUAAUAGCUCUGAUUGAUUUUCCCUCUUCUCUCAGCUUCAAAAUGGUUUGCUUUUCUCCCAUAGACAGCUCUCUGGUCUUCAUGUUUGCUUAAGACCAAAUGCAGUUUUCACAGUGGAAACCCGAAGCCAAAAACAAGGACUAGCUAAGACAGUCUUGUAAGAUGACAAGUGCUCUCCGUACAGUCAGGUUAACAGUGUGUGUGAAGCACCACGUCCACAGCAUUAGCAAUGUUUUCACUUUGCUGAUUCAGCCUUUCAUUUACUUUAGCCGUGUUUCUUCCUCUCCUCACGUAGCUGAACUAGCAUAAGUAGCCGAGUCAGUCGCCACAGGUUUGAUCACUGCGCUCACUGGAAAAAGUAGUCCCAUGACACCCAGUUGGAGGAGGCUUGAUGAAGAAAUGUCUUCAAUAUAGGCUUUCGUGUUAUAGAAUUUACUUAAAAUAGUAGUAAUAAUAUGAAUUACAAAAAGUUUAGUUGCACUGUGAAAGCAUAUGACUGUAAGGGGAAUGACACUACACAGCCUGGGAGUGGAAAGGUUCGUGUUGCGGUUCUGCCAUUUCAAAUACUGCACAGGAUUGUGUAAAGCAGGGGUGCCCAAACCUUUUGGCUCAGGGGCCACAUUGCCGUAAAAAAAUUGUCAUGCGGGCCAGCAUGAAUUUUACAUGCUACCGACGAGGGGAAUGCUUUUUGUAUUUUUAUUUUACUGUUUUACUAUGCUGUCUGCUGCUAGGUAGAUCUUAUAACUGCCUGACCUGGAUAAAUGAAGGUUAAAAUAAAAAUUAAUGAAAUGCAAAAUAAAGUAUUUUUAUGAAAUUUGA